GACCCGAGCUGCCUGGCCUGGGCGCUGCGCAAGAUGGAGGCGGCCUGGGGCGAGGAGGAGCACCUGGCCAAGCUGAGCGUCAACGCGCUCAUCGGGCUGUGGGCGCGCAACGUGGACCUGGUCUACCUGAUGUGCACCUCCAACAACCAGCUCGACGGCAACGGCUGCCAGUAUCGCCAGACCUUCGUGGACGCGGCGGGGAACACUCACUGGGACCACCCGGCGGGAUUUUGUGAUGGCGGCGGAGUACUGCGUGGUGGCCCGGAUCCGGCAGCUGCUGGCGGAGGUGCCCAUGCGCUACCUGAAGUUCUUGAAGACCGACUGCCUGGACUUCCGAACGAGCGGGAGAACCGGCGCUUGGCCCCCGCGGAUGCCGUGGUGAUCGAGCACGCUCACCGGGCGCGCCCACGACCCGAUGCGAGUCACCCACGCCGAGCUGAGCUGCUGCGGCACACGCGGCUCUGCCACGCCAUCACCUACGCCAGCUGCCAGGGGCUGACCCUGCGCGGCCGGGUGUGGCUGCUGGACUGCGGCACGCAGCACUUCAACCUGCGGCACCUCUACGUGGGCGCCAGCAAGGCCACCAGCAGCGAACUGCUCAGCGUGCUUUAG